AUGAUUGGUCACUACGUAUGCACAUUCUCUCUUUGUAGGGGAAAUUGUAUUCGUAGUCUGACCAACUACUGUAUUCUUUAUGCGAAUAUGGAACGUGAUCGGAAGCAACUCGGUAAACGAAAGCAUGGACGGCAGUCGACCGCGUCAAAGGAAAAGGUAGGUUCGUCUAAACGUUCGUGUUCACAGUCAUCUGUUAGCUCGUCACGUUGUUCGACGCCCUUACCGCAGGAACCUUGCACUAGUCAGGCGAACACCACACAAGAGUCGACUAGCGCAGAGUUUCGUCUAUUUGAGAAAGUGUGGAAGGAGUUAGGUAAACUACCCAUACCUAAAGCCAGUCCACACGUAGAAACUCUACCUUUUGUAGAUCUUUCGAAGCAUCCUCACCAAGUAGAUCCACACACACGUCCAGCUACCAUAUGCGAGUUGAUUUCAGCAAUUGCUCGAGGUCAUAAUCUUAAUCGCAGAUUUGAUUGUGCUGUUGAUAAUGAUCUUCAGGCGUUUGCAGUACCACGCGCAUAUCGUUCAGCUGUACACAUCACACAAUUACUCACACUAUCGCUUAAUCCGUCUCACAUCUUUAACCCUUCUCAAUUAGGACAACAUGAUUACGUUCUAAUUGAUGCAUUCUUAUACUCUGAUUUCUUUAAGCAGGUACGCAGCAUUUUCACAAAGGAAGUCUACGUCCCUGAUCUUAAAGAUUUCACAGGUGCUCGCGUUAAAUACCUUCCCAUUCUCAUUAUUGCUAAGACACUUAUCGCACUUUCACAUUUCACAGAACAGGCACUUUCUUAUCUUAAGGAACUUUCCACAGCGCCUAAGCCAACGCCGCGAGAUCUUCUAGAGCGCCUAGGAACACUAUACAAUUACGCUGAAAACAUCACACAGCGUCGCAACUUAAUGAACACACAAUUGUUGCCUUUAGUUUUCCAGGCUUCACCAUCAGAUAUCGAACUCUUUACGAAUCUGUUGGCUGCUCAGGGAGUUACUUAUAAUAAGAUCGUUACCACCGUGUUAACUGCAGCUACAACACAUGCAGAGAUCACAACAACGUACGAUCUUUAUCAUAAGUUACUCUCAGAAUAUCUUCGCUCACAAUCAGCCGAAACGCUUAUAGAAGUCCAGGUAAGUAAAGCGUCUAUUCACAGUGUCUCAGCACCGACCACAGUCAUCCAUCCUUCUACAUCACAGUCAUCUUCUUCGCAACCUUCAUCACAGUUUCACAUCGAGUCUGCAGAGCCUUCAGCGAAGCAGACUUCACAGUCACAGAGUUCAUCUUGUUCGAAAAGUCCUUCCGCUAAAGUAGCCCCGAAGCAGACCUUGGAUGUCCAGGCUGCACUGCGACUGGUCGCGGAUGAGACAGAGGCUCCGCAGGAGCCAAAGUCUUCUUUCUCUUCACAAGCUGGCGCCCCCCAGGAUGGGUCCCUCAAGCCCAUUCCUUUAGAGAGGGAACAGCCGGUGGAAGAAAGACGCGAACAGUCACAGAGAUUACCUACAUGUUACUUUUGCAGGGAAAAGCACUUCUCUUCAAGUUGUGCUCAGGUAAGGAGGUUGUCGGAUAGAAUGACCCUUAUAGCAAAUAGGGGUGGUUGUUUUCUGUGUUGCGGAUUCCAUAGUGAACGGGAUUGCCCACAAGCGGGCAAAAGAUGCAGGGCGUGUAAAUCCAAACGUCAUGACACGUCAUUCUGUUUCUUGAAUGAUGGCGUGGAUAACGAUUUGGAUCAGACGGAGUACACGCAAUACUUAGAUCAGUGUAAGGCGAUAGCAGAUAUGGUGAGAAAAGGUGCGAGGAAGUAG